AUGCCGCCUAAAAACCAGAAAAAGAAUACCGUGAAAAGUCAUGCUGCGAGUGCCCCUUCUGUACAGACAGGAGGGGUCACAAAUUACGAUGAUAUCCAAAGCAAUGAAGUUUUGGUCAUGGAAUCGAUGUACCCAGAUGAGUUCCAGCUUGUCGAAAAAGGAGCAGGAGCAUGGAACGCGAAAGUGGCCCAUUGCUUCAAGCUAAAUCUCAAAGCUGAAACAGAUUCCGAAAUUGGGAUAACUCUAAAUGUCGAGUUUCCAUCCGUCUACCCUAAAGUAGCGCCUGUUAUUCGGCUGUCUGAUCCAGUGGGGUUAAGGGGGGAGCACCAGAAGUCCCUCGAAAAUCUCAUCAGGAAGCAAGUCGCAGAUUGCAUGGGCGAUGAAAUGAUGUCCGUCAUUGCUGAAGAAGUAAGGCAGUACCUCAAUGACAGAGCCAAUGCAAAGGACGCAGAUGCCCAUAAACCGGCAUUAUUCGAAGAGAGAGCUUUAAAAGAAGAGGCCGAAAAGAAAAGACAGGCUGAGGAAGCUGUCCAAGCAGAGAGGGAGCGAAAAGCAGAUACAGAACGCCGAGCUGAGGCGGAGAGGCAACGUACUAAGAAGGCGUUCAAUCAAGCCCAACAAAAGCGACGAGUUCGGCUAGAAGCACAAAACUCACAAACUCUUGACGAUGAUGCUGCAGAUACUGGAGAUGGAAUUUGCCGCUUGUUCCCUGAAAGGCUGGUUGUAAAAGAUACAAUCGGUAAUCACGGGAGAUUCAGAAAGGUUGGGGGCAUGGUCCUUUUGCAGAAGCAUGGAAGAACAAGUGUAUACGUCGUCCGUCCAAUAUUUGAAGUUCCACAGGACUUUGAAGUUGCACUAGUUCUAAAAGAAAUGGAAUGGACAAACUUAAAUCCGAGCUCUUCAGAGGGAACACAGCUUCUUACAAAGCUUGAGACCGACUUAGAAAAACUGAUACCAUCAGAAGACAACCAACGUCACAGCAGUGUUGUGGAGGUUCUCGCGACUAAUAUCACAGAAAUUCCAAUGGACUAUAUGGGUGAUGACCAUGGAGACGCUCGAAAAUUCAGAAUUGAUAUUCUAAUGGAAUACGCCAACAAAGGCUCACUUGCAGAUCUCCUCGAAACCGUUGGUAAACUCGACGUUUCAAUGGUUCGAUCUUACAUACUACAGUUAAUUGAUGGUCUCCGAGAUCUUCACCAAGCUGGUAUCAUUCAUCGCAGGAUACACCCAAGAAAUGUUCUCUUGUUUCAAUCUGUUGGCGGUAAAACAAUUGUGAAAUUCGCAGAUCCGGGUAUAUCCUACCGCCUUCAAGCACUAGAGAACUAUCAGGACGGUACCGAGGAGCCUUAUGAUAGCAAAGACCCUUGGGUGGCCCCAGAAUUGGCGACUUCUAAGGCACCCACCAAGAAAACCGACAUUUGGGAUUUUGCUGUCCUUAUUCUGCAAAUGCUGCUGGGGCUUGACCUACGAACGAAACAUGUUUCUCCCCAAGCUGCCUUAAAAGAGAGACUUCCUUUAUCAUUGAAAGCUUUCCUUGGGAAAAUGUUCCUUCGGGAGCAUAAUAAGCGGCUGGGUGUUUUUGAUCUUCUACCGAUGGAAUUUUUACGGCAAGGUGACGAUGCUUAUGAUGAUGACCCGACGGACAAUGAAACAAUCCCGACGGCAAUGUCACCAGUCAAGAGGCGCGGCUCUUUUAGUGGCAAGGUUGGGCGAUAUGCCCAAGAAUGGGAUGAAAUCCAACGUCUCGGUCGUGGAGGUUUCGGCGAAGUCGUCAAAGCAAGAAACAAGUUCGAUGGUAGCUUCUACGCCAUCAAGAAGGUCAUAGAAACAUCUUCCAAUACCCUUACUGACGUUUUGAAAGAAGUUUUAUUGCUUUCGCAACUGAACCACCCGAACGUCGUUCGAUACUAUUCCACUUGGAUGGAAUCAAGCGAUAGGAGCACAUUUCUAGGUGUUGAUAGUACGAGUGGGGAGGAAGGAUAUAGUCUUACGGAUAACGGGACCGAUUCUGUAUCUCUGGAUGAAGGGCGCAGAUCACAUCUUGAUUAUAUCAGCUUGAAAAACGAUGGUAUUGAGUUCGGGUAUUCUUCAGACGAUAGCGAGAACGCAGUCUUUGAAUCAGACAGUGACGAUGAUGACACUAGUGAUGAUGACACGGCGUCGGAAGGUGCGACUGGUGGCGUUGAGAAUGAUGAGAAUGAUGAUGAGCAAUCGCAUCUUCAGAUCCGCGAAACCAAUCGCAUGCAAACUGGAAACAAACCCGACGAGAUCUACUCUGAAGAUGAGGAUAGCAGUGGUGGAACGAAGAAGAGUGCUCCAGAGCGUUCACAAACACCGAUGAUUCUUUAUAUCCAAAUGGAAUUCUGCGAUAAACAGACCCUCAGAGACGCUAUUAAUAAAGACCUCUAUUUGCGGCCCGAAGAUUACUGGCAAUUCCUCCGUCAAAUCCUCAAUGGUCUAGACUACAUUCACAAAGAAGGAAUUAUCCAUAGAGACUUGAAACCGGAAAAUAUCUUUUUGAGCCAGACCAAUAUGCCACGGAUCGGAGAUUUUGGUUUGGCAGCCAGUGUUGGAAAUCACCGCCCGAAGUCUUCUCAUACACACGCCACGCCCAAUAAGACGGAAGAUGGCAAUGAAAGCGUUAUGACGACUCAAAUUGGAACCCGGUUAUACAUGGCCCCGGAAGUUUUGGACAAGUCGAACCCACAUUACACAGCAAAGGUUGAUAUGUAUUCGCUUGGGAUCAUCUUUUUUGAAAUGUGUAGUAGGCCAGCAUCCACUAGCUUUGAGCUGCAGGAGUAUAUUACCGGAUUGAAGAGCAAAGAAAUAGUCAUCCCUAGCUGUCUUAAUCCGGAAGUUAAGGCUGAAGAAGUGCAUAUUAUUCGCCAACUUCUGCGGAAGGCAUCCGAACGACCAGACGCUGCGGAGUUACUCACAAACCAUUCCAUACCUCUCAGAAUAAAUGACGACAAUUUCAACCAAGUCAUUGAAAGUUUAGAUGACCCGAAUACUAGAGACACCCGGAAGGCCAUCAUAUUCAAAAAACUUUUCUCUGACCCUUCCAAACCAGCCAAUGAUCCAUUCUUUGACAAAAAACCUGUUCAAGGCAGUGCUGUUGAUAAAUUGGUUAUGGACAUGUAUGUGAAGGAAAGGAUUUUGUCAGUGUUCAAGCGGCAUGGAGCAGUUGAAGUUACAAAAAACUUCCUUGUUCCGGACUCCCAGUAUUACGAGGCGGAAGCUAUGAGACUAAUCACUGAACGAGGACAACUGGUACAACUUCGGUACGACCAAGUCUUACCAUAUGCAAGGCAGCUUGCAAUACAAGAACAGAAUUACACCAAAAGCUACUCUUUUGGAAUCGUUUUCCGAGAGAACUCUCACGGUUUUGGACAGCCGAGCUCGCAUGGCGAAAUCGUAUUUGAUAUCAUAUCAAAGGGUCGAGAUACCGACCUCAAAGAAGCAGAAACGAUAAAAGUUCUGGAUGAAAUCUUGGAUAGCUUCACAUUCUUCCGAGGAGCGAAAAUGGAAUUUAAUAUCGGCCAUCUCGACAUUCUAAAGCUAAUUUUUGACUUCUGUGGGAUUGCGCAAUCAGAGCGACGAACUCUUCUAACGGAACUAAGCAAACUUUACAUGGGCGAGAAAUGGGAUACCGUUCUUCGGGAUCUGAAAUCUAGCAAGGUCACCUCCACAGCAUCCCUUGCGGAACUGAAGCGCUUUGAUUGGCGAGAGCAGGAUUUCGAGAAGGGUUUUAAGCGGCUUAGAAAUAUUACGUCGAAUUGCAAAACCUUCCCUUCAUGCUCAAAAGCAUUCGACCAUCUCAGAAAUGUCUUUGACUACCUCAAGAAGUUCGGCGUCAAAAAGAAAUUCUACUUUGCACCUUUGUGUAUUUAUGAUCAUCAGUACUACAACGGAGGGCUUGUCUUCACUUGUUCUAGUGAUGGUACACAGAUGACUCGGCAGACGCUAGCGAGCGGCGGAAGAUACGAUGAUUUGGUCAAGGCUUCGAGACCAAUAUCCACCCCGGGAGACGUGGGCAAAAUCCACGCCGCAGGGUUUAAGUUAAGUUUCGAUGCCCUCAGCAGAGGGAUUUUGAAACAUCAUUCGCAAUCGAGCAAAACGAAAAAGAAGAAACACCUGUUGGAUGAAGAUCACACGAUAUCAACGCGUAGGUGCGACGUUAUCGUCACUGCCUCCAGCAUCGAGGACCUCAAAACAUACGGCAUACGCAUUACCGCCUCACUUUGGGCUGGCAACAUUAGAGCUGAGCUAGACGAUGACAUCUUAAGCGGCGCUGGCACCUCGAAAUCCCACUUAGAUUUGUAUGGUUGGCAAAUCAUAAUUAAAAGCAACAUCGCCGUUCACCAAACUGUCAAAGUCCGAAACUUGAAAACAGGAGAAGAAACGGACCAACUACUAACCUCAUUAGCCAACCACAUCACCGCUGAACUUGGAGAAGGGAAGAAGGAUGGAAUGACAGAGAUGCUUAAGGCGAGGAGAUUGAGUAGUACUCAAGAUCUUCUACCGAGUUUGCGUCACUUUCACCAUAAAUUAAACACUAGCGGAGGAGGAGGAGGGGGGUCAUCUAUUUCCAGUCCAUUUGAUGAAGGAGAAAUCCUAGUCAUUUGGCCGACUGAACGCAAAGGUGCGAAGAAACCAAAUAGGCCGCAAGUGAUGGAAAAUGCACGACGAAAGAUGGCAGAACUUGGGGGGAAAGCAGUACCAAUUGUUGCAAUCGACGUGUAUAACGAAGUUCUUGAGGCCAUUAGGCUGUCGCAGUUGCAGGGACCAGAUGGCUGGAAGAAAGUUUUUCAAACGGCAACUAGCGGCGCAGAUAAACAAUAUCUACAGGAGGUCCAGCAGAGGAUUGCGGGGUUCACACAGAAAACUCGCAAACAACCUGGAAGCUACUGUUACAUCUACAAUUACCGGACUGACGCAUGUAUAUUUUACUACCUUUCCUAA